AUGGCGCAGCAAGGAAUUCAGAUGGAUCGGGAAAAACUCUGCUGUGCAAUCUGUCUGGACCUACUGAAGAGUCCUGUUCCCUGUGGACACAACUACUGUAUGAACUGUAUUAAAACUUACUGGGAUGAAGAGGAUAGAAAGAAAAUCCACAGCUGUCCUCAGUGCAGACAGACCUUCAUACCGAGGCCUGUCCUGGUGAAAAACACCAUGUUAGCAGAUUUAGUGGAAGAUCUGAAGAAGACUGGACUCCAAGCUGCUCCAGCUGAUCACUGCUAUGCUGGACCUGAAGAUGUGUCCUGUGAUUUCUGCAUUGGGAGAAAGCGUAAGGCUACAAAGACAUGUCUGCAGUGUGUGGUCUCUUCGUGUGAACUCCACCUCCAGCCUCACUAUGAGGUUGCUCCAUUGAAGAAGCACAAGCUGGUAAAAACAUCUGCAAAUUUUCAGAACAUUUGCUCUCGUCACAAUGAAGUCAUGAAGAUCUUCUGUCGUACUGAUCAGCAGUGUAUCUGUUACGUCUGCUCCAUGGAUGAACAUAAAGGCCACGACAAAGUCUUGGCUGACGCAGAAAUAACUGAGAGGCAGAAAGAACUCGGGGCAAGUUGGCAAAAAAUUCAGCAGAGAAUCCAGAACAGAGAGCAAGACGUGAAGAUUCUCCAGCAGGAAGUGGAAGAAAUCAAUCGCUCUGCUGAUAAAGCAGUGAAAGACAGUGAGAAGAUCUUCAAUGAAAUGAUCUGUGUUUUCAAGAAAAGAAGCUCUGAUGUGAAGCGGCAGAUCAGAUCUCGACAGAAAAUGGAAACGGGUCGGGUCAAAGAGCUUCAGAAGAAGCUGCAACAGGAGAUCAUUGAGUUAAAGAGGAAAGAUGCAGAACUGGAGCAACUCUCACACGCAGAAGACCACACACAGUUGCUCCAUUAUUACCCCUCACUGUCAAAUCUCACUGAAUCCACAGACUCUCCCAGCAUCAAAAUCCAUCCUCUGCAGUACUUUGAGAGUGUGACAGCAGCUGUGUCAGAGGUCAGACGUGAGCUACAGGACUUUCUAAGUGAAGUAUGGACCAAAAUCUCACUGACAAAGCCUGAAGUGGGUGUCUUACUUCCACAAACAGAGCCAAAGACCAGAGAUGAAUUCUUACAAUAUUCACAAAAACUCACACUGGAUCCAAACACAGCACACACAGAAGUGUCAUUAUCUGAAGGGAACAGAAAAGCAACAAAUGUGGAGGCAUUUCAGUUAUAUUCUUGUCACCCAGACAGAUUCGCUGACACGUUUCAGGCUUUGAGUAAAGAAAGUCUGACCAGAUGUUGUUACUGGGAGGUGGAGUGGAAUGGUGGAGGAGUUUCUGUAGCAGUUACGUACAAGGAUAUCAGCAGAACAGGAGACAAAAGUCGACUUGGGAACAAUGAAAAAUCUUGGGCAUUGGAGUGUUCCUUUAAUGGAAAUUAUCAUUCAAAGCAUAACAACAUCUGGGCAUCCAUCUCUGGCCCUCAGUCUUCCAGAGUAGGAGUGUACCUCGAUCAAAGAGCCGGUACUCUGUCCUUCUACAGCGUCUCUGAGACCAUGACUCUGCUCCACAGAGUCCAGACCACAUUCACUCAGCCGCUCUAUGCUGGACUUGGUGUUGAUUAUUUUGGAUCUACAGCUGAGUUGUGUGAACUCAGGUAGACAAAAGUUAUUGACACUGUCUAAGUCUAAGUUGGCUACGGUCACUGUGGUGACAGAACAGUAAACUCUUACCCAUAUGCAUAUGUAAUCUACUGUGUUGUGUAUUGUUCUGUUUGGUUUGUUGUAUACCAGCUAAACAGUUGAUUUUUGUUCAUUGUGUUCCAGUCAUGUUGUACAGUGUUCUGGGUCGCUGACAUAAUGUGCUUCUUCUACCUUUGCCACACAGUGGUUUAUGAUGAAUGAUAAACAUGUAGAUAGAAAUAUUGUGUUAUUUACCAGGAUUGAACAGACAAAAGAAGUCAACAAAUACAUUAUUUUAUCCUCAGAAAUCAGUACAGUAUUUUCCAUAUAUCCAUUCCAGAGUUUAGUUUUAGUCAGGAUGUUCUUCUGUGGAUCUAUUAAUGACCUUCACAUUCUUGUAACAGGUGAACAAUUACAGGUUUUGAGUUGGUAAUUCACUCUAUUCAGUGCUUUAAGUCAAAUGUUAAAAAAUUGUA